CCGCGGCAACGAUUGCAGCCAAAUUCACUUGUACAACCUAAACCCUAAAACCUCAGACCUAAAACCUCAGCAUACUGUCACUGCCGUUUCUCCUUCACUAUCCAUCAACAUUGGAAGCUUUCUUUGUCUCUCGCAGUAGCUAUAGCCAUUUGAAGCCGCCGUUCGCCUUUCUCCCUCACAGCAGCUCAAGCCAUCGUUCACCUCUCCAUUGCUGAUUUGCUGCUGCCGUUCACCUUUCUCUUCACUAACCAUCAAGAAACUCAAGUAAGGUUACUUCUAGUAACCCUAGAAAGCAGCAGAGCACCAAGAAGAAGAAAAAGUGAGAAAAAUGCCUCUAGGGGAUAAGUUGGGAUGGGAAAAGAGCGAAUCUCGAUACUGUGGUGUGGAAACAGAUUUCAGCGAGGACAUGCCUCAGCUUCUCACUUUCAAUAUCUCCUCGGGUGGUUUUGAUUUUGUCGUUGCUCCUCUGAUGGAUCCCACUUAUAGACCGAGCUUGAUGGAAAAAGAUGGUGGUGGAUUGUGUGUUCUACCUUUUUCUGGGUCAGACUUAGUUUUGAGCCCCUCCCAGUGGAGCAGUCAUGUUGUGGGAAAAAUUAGUUCAUGGAUUGACUUGGAUUCAGCAGAUGAAACCCUUCGGAUGGAUUCUGAAACUACUCUGAAGCAAGAAAUAGCAUGGGCUAAUCAUCUUUCCUUACAGGCAUGCCUUCUACCUUGUCCUAAGGGUGCAUCCUGUGCUAAUUAUGCUAGAUGUGUGAAUCAGAUUUUACAGGGCUUGAACACUAUGCAGUUGUGGCUUAGGAUUCCACUGAUGAAGACUGAACAGGAUUCUAUGGAUGUAAACUCAAGUAAUUUGAUUGAUUCUUGGGAACUAUGGAAUUCAUUUCGUCUUCUGUGUGAACAUCACAGUCAGUUAGCCAUUGCACUUGAUGUUUUGAGUUCCUUGCCAUCAGUGAACUCACUAAUCCGUUGGUUUGGAGAAUCUGUUAGAGCAGCCAUAAUACAUACUGAUUCUUUCCUAACAAAUGCACGGGGUUAUCCUUGCCUCUCUAAGCGUCACCAAAAGCUUGUUACUAUGUUUUUUAACCAUUCCAUACAGAUUGUCAUUGGUGGAAAAUCUGUACACAGCAGUCCAGGGGCAAGCUCAAAUUUGGUUGCUAAUAAUUUCGAUAAUAAUGUUGAAAAAAGUGUGCAGAGGCAUCCCUUGAGGUCAUACUUGGACUAUGUAGGUUACCUCUUUCAAAAAAUGGAUCCCCUUCCCGAGCAAGAACGUUUUGAGCUUGGAUACAGGGAUUUUCUACAGUCUCCAUUGCAACCGCUCAUGGACAAUCUAGAGGCACAAACAUAUGAGACAUUUGAGAAAGACUCAGUGAAAUACAUCCAGUACCAAAGGGCAAUCAGUAAAGCUUUGCUGGAUAGGGUCCCUGAUGAAGCAAGCAUUACCACUGUACUGAUGGUUGUAGGAGCAGGACGUGGACCUCUUGUCCGGGCAUCAUUGCAGGCUGCUGAAGAAACAGGACGCAAGCUAAAAGUAUAUGCAGUGGAGAAAAAUCCAAAUGCAGUUGUUACCCUUCAUAGUUUGGUUAAGCUGGAAGGGUGGGAAGACAUUGUGACCAUAAUUUCUUGUGAUAUGCGUUACUGGGAUGCUCCUGAGAAAGCUGAUAUCUUGGUUAGUGAAUUGCUUGGAUCAUUUGGUGACAAUGAGCUGUCACCUGAGUGUCUUGAUGGUGCCCAAAGGUUUUUGAAGCAAGAUGGAAUCUCAAUACCAUCAUCGUAUACAAGUUUCAUCCAACCAGUGACAGCUUCAAAACUCUAUAAUGAUGUUAAGUCACACAAAGAUAUUGUGCACUUUGAGACUGCAUAUGUUGUCAAAAUACAUAAUGUUGCUAGACUUGCUCCUUCUCAACCUGUCUUUACAUUUACUCAUCCAAAUUACACAUCUACGAAAAGCAAUCAGCGCUAUAAAAAGCUGCAGUUUGAGAUUGCGAAUGAUGCUGGGUCAGCCAUGGUGCAUGGAUUUGCUGGCUACUUUGAUGCAAAGCUCUACAAAGAUGUACAUCUUGGUAUUGAACCUUCAACAGCGACACCAAACAUGUUCAGCUGGUUUGCCAUAUUUUUCCCAUUAAGGAUACCAGUGUGCAUACAACCUGGUUCUCCUCUACAAGUACAUUUUUGGCGUUGUUGUGGCGCUUCAAAGGUUUGGUAUGAGUGGUGUGUGACAUCUCCCGCUUCAUCAGCUGUCCAAAACAGCAAUGGACGUUCAUAUUGGGUUGGUCUUUAGGUUUAGGUUUAACUCAAUUCUCCAAAUAGAUUUUUGGUAGUAGAACAUGUCAAUUUGAUGAAUAUACCGACUUCCUGGAACCUGAGGAAACUAAGCCAAGAUCUGCAUGGUUCAUAAUCUUGUGCGUAUUUACAAGUGACAGCUUGAAUUAUAUCGUGUGAUGAUUAAGGUCUUUUUUUGUGUUCAUGCCAUCAAAAUACUCUGCAAUACAUCAGUUCAGAAGAUAACUUGAAGAAAAUGGUUGCAGGGUAGUGUUUGUGAGCCAAAGCAGCUUCCAAAUUUUGCUAGUCUUAUAUGAUCUCAAUUUUCAAAA